CCAACUUGUUGAUUGCGUUGUGUCGACCAUCACUGCGCAUGCGCAGGCCCGGUGACGAAGAUGGUGCUCAUCAAGGAAUACCGUGUUGUGUUGCCGGUCUCUGUGGAAGAGUAUCAAGUUGGGCAGCUUUACUCUGUGGCAGAGGCCAGCAAGAAUGAGACCGGAGGAGGCGAAGGCAUCGAAGUCCUCAAAAAUGAGCCCUAUGAGAAGGAAGGGGAGAAGGGACAAUACACACACAAAAUAUACCAUCUAAAGAGCAAAGUCCCGGGCUACGUAAAGAUGAUCGCACCCGAGGGAGCCUUAGUUUUUCACGAAAAGGCUUGGAACGCGUAUCCAUACUGUCGCACCAUCGUGACGAACGAGUACAUGAAAGACGACUUCAUGAUAAAGAUUGAGACGUGGCACAAACCCGACAUGGGAACAGUAGAAAACGUGCACGACCUGGACGAGCAGACGUGGCGGACUGUGGAGGUGGUGCCUAUAGACAUCGCCAGCAGAGACGAAGUGGCUCCUGGAGACUACAAACCCGAGGAGGAUCCGGCUCUUUUCCAGUCUAGUAAGACGGGCAGAGGCCCGCUGGGGCCCGAAUGGAAGAACGAGCUGAAGACGGACUGUCCGUACAUGUGUGCGUACAAGCUGGUGACGGUCAAGUUCAGGUGGUGGGGGCUGCAGACCAAAGUGGAGAACUUCAUCCACAGGCAAGAGAAGCGGAUCUUCACCAACUUCCACCGUCAGCUGUUCUGCUGGAUCGACAAAUGGGUGGGUUUGACCAUGGAGGACAUCCGGCGGAUGGAGGAGGAGACCCAGAAGGAGCUGGAGGAGAUGCGUCAGAAAGGUGACGUGCGAGGCACCUCUGCGACGGACGAGUAGAGCCCGCCGCUGUAGCUCACACACUAGAGGCAGGCUGACUUCGAAAAACGGGUCCGAUCCGAGGCACCAGUGCUGCUCACGAGCAUUGAGGCAAAUCAACAAACCCCCACCCCCGUCAUGAUGAUGUCAUCAGAGGCACCCACCAAACCGAGGAGGAUGUCCCCCCACCUCUUCUCCUGUCUUAUAUGAAUCAUCGUGGGGGGGUUUUGAUGUGAUUGGUUAACAGUACUGUACAGGAUCCCCCCCCUGGAUCACAGGCCUCCUGUUCACCCAGAAAACAAAAAUAAUUAAUUUUUGCAAACAGAAGAAACUUGAUUGCCUGAUACGUAUUUGUUAGUGAAUUAUUCCAGCGGGCUUGGUUUUUUUCGGGGGGGGGGGGGGGGGGGGGGGUCAAAGCCGUGACGAGGACGUCCAGCCUUUUAAAUUAGAAUGUUGUUUUUAGUGACUCGAUGUCCCGGAUGAGUGGAGUUGGGCGGGUCAUCGGAGCUCCGCCCCUAGAGUCUGUUUUCACGGUUCUGUCAUUUUUAUGGUCAUUGUUUCCCCCCCCCCCCCCCCCCCCGCCACACACACACACAAACUAGCCCUCCCCUCCUGAAGUGCGCGCAUGUGGACGACAGACACCCCCCCAGUCCCAGCAUGUAAACGAGCAGCUCAGACAGAGCAUUAGCUGACGUGCGCCCCCUGCAGGAGAGUCUGUGCUCUGACACCCCCGUUCCAGCGUUUGCCUUCACUCUUAGGGCUGGGGAGGGCCUUCGCUGCAUGGCCUUCCUCUCUAGGGCUUCAGAGGACCCUGACGCUCUCUGCAUGACUCAAACUCGACUUUAUGUCGGGUGUUUUCCCCAUCGCGGACAGAAAAGGGUCCCGGCAGAUCCGCCACGACCAAGGCUCCCCCACCACAGGAACCCGUGCAGCCGGAAGUCCUUUGGUUUUAGACGUGCGCGGGGCGAUCAGGUGCUCCGAUCAGCUGUCUUUGUUCCCAGCUCGUCAGCUGCAGUUUUUUUUUAGUCUUUCUUUGAUCAGGGUGUGUCCAGAUUUUUUAGGUUUUGUAUGGUUUUAUGUGAGACAGAGCUGUCCGUGCGCGUGCUUUAUACUAGACCCAUGUUCCAACUGUACAUACAAGCUGCAGUGGGAGUCCAGAGCCAUCGGGCGCGUCAGUGGAUCCCGCGCCGCGCCUCCAGGGUGGGAGGGAUCGGCCCCGCAAACCGUACCUCACUCAUGCUUAUUAUGAAUGUGCAGCUUUACGGGCGAGCGGCGGAUGAGUCAGGACCGCCCUGCAGCCCCCUGUCACGCUCGGAGCGGGGGGGGGGGGGGGGACUAAAACGGCUAGAUGUGCAUGUUUGCUUUUUGCUUCCCUGGAGCGGCGCUUUCUCAGAAACUGCCUCAGCCUGCGGGGAGAGGGGCUGACAGACGGGCCUCGCCUCGCCUUCACGCUCGCUUCAGCCAGACCUCUGAUCACCGGGCGAGGAGUGACGGGCCCGAGCGCGUGCGAAGGCGACGGGAGCCCCGCCCCCUGCAGGAAUUCAGGCUGCGUGUGGUGCAGUUUGACUGGCGGGAAAAGACGGAGUCCAAAAUACUGUUUUUCUUAUUGUUAUCCAGAAGAAGCACUUGCAGAAUCUACUGUUUCUCUUUUGUGUUCACUUUUGUUUUUGGAAGACAAAGAUUCACAUUGUACAAAAUUUUCUCUUUCUAAUGAGGCAAAAUCAGGGGAAUUGGUAGUGAAUGUAAAGAUUAGUUCUCUUAUUUUUUCUUUUUCAUGGCUUUUACGCUGUGACCGAAGAUUUAGACAAUGGAACAUAACAGAAUAUCUAAUAAAUUUGAACAAAUAAGA